AUGUCUGAUUUAGUACAAAUUACAAGUUUAGCUGAUACCAAGGUUUUCGAACCCUUAAAGGUCGGUGAUAUAGAAUUACAACACAGAGUGGCUUUCCCACCAACUACAAGAUAUAGAGCAAAUGACGACCAUACCCCAUCCACUUUGAAUCUCCAAUAUUAUAAAGAUAGGGCUUCAACUCCAGGAACUUUACUUGUUACAGAGGGUGUCCAUGUAUCCCCAAGACUCGGUCUUUAUAGAAAUGCUCCAGGAAUUUGGAGUCAAGAUCAAGUAAAAGCAUGGAAGAAAGUUACCGACGCAGUCCAUGAAAAUGGAUCUUUCAUCUCAAUUCAAUUUUGGGCUUUAGGAAGGGUAGCUGAUCCACAAUACAUGAAAGAAUUAGGCUUGGAUCUUUUGGCCCCAUCGGCUGUUUUUGACACCAAGGAAAAUGAAGAAGCUGCUAACAAAGCAGGUACAAAAUUGAGAUCAAUUACAGAAGAAGAAAUUCAGUCAAUUAUUUUGGAAGAUUACACUACCGCAGCUAAAAAUGCUGUCGCUGCUGGGUUCGAUAUCAUAGAACUUCAUGAUGCUCAUGGAUAUUUAUUAGAUACAUUUUUACAAUCAUCUUCCAACAACCGUACUGAUAAAUACGGUGGUUCAAUUGAAAAUCGUUCAAGAUUCAUUCUUGAGUUGAUUGACCAUUUAACCGAAAUUGUUGGACUGUCCAAGCUUGCUAUUAGAAUCUCACCAUAUGCCACUUUCCAAGGUAUGCAUGGUGUUGACAGUGAAAUCCACCCUUACGUCCAAUUCGGAUACUUAUUACAUGAAUUACAAAAAAGGGCCGAUCAAAAGAAAGAAUUGGCCUAUGUUUCUAUUGUGGAGCCAAGAGUUAGUGGAAAUUUGAAUGUAGAAGGGGAGAUUACCACCUCUAACCAAUUUGUAUUAGAUGUUUGGAAAGGCAUUAUUUUUAGAUCGGGUAAUUACGUGUACGAUGCACCAGAAUUUAAAACCUUGAAGAGAGAUGUCAAAGAUGGCAGAACUAUUGUGGGUUUUUCCAGAUUUUUCAUCACAAAUCCUGAUUUACCCUUGAGAUUGAAAAAUGGAUGGGCCUUGCAAAACUACGUCAGGGACCUUUUCUAUAACGUCAAGGAAAAUUGGGGUUAUAAUACUUGGACAAAAUUUGGUGAAGAAAACAAAUAUGUUGAAGCUGAAGAAAGAGCCAAAGGUCCAAAACCCAUCGAAAUUUCUUAA